GUGCACAUGGUAGAUGAAAGCUGACGGGAAGGCAGCGCGGAAACAUCUCAGAGCACUCUUUGGUGAUAACGGGUGUGUGCAUCGCGUGGUGUCCGAAGGCACAACAUCAUGAGCCAGUGGAAGCAGAUUCAACAGCUGGAGAUCAGACUCCUGGAACAGGUGGAUUACCUGUAUGACGAUAACUUCCCCAUGGACAUCAGGCAGGGGCUGGCCAGCUGGAUCGAGUCUCAGGACUGGGACACCGCGGUGAACGACGAGUCGAUGGCUGGCGUGCUCUUCACCAACCUGCUGACCCAGCUGGAGAGGGUGCGCUCGCAGGAGCAGAACUUUCUGCAACGACACAACAUGAAAAUAAUUCAGCAGCAGCUGCAACUGAAAUACGCCACCAAUCCUGCUGUAAUGGCCAGAGUCAUCUCCACCUGUCUCAGGGAAGAGCGCCGUAUUCUCUCCAGUGCCUGCAUGCAAGAACAGGGUCCUCUGGAGAAGUCUUUGCAGAACUCUGUGGCGUUUGAGAGGCAGAAGAACAUGGACAACAGAGUUGGGAUCAUCAGGGGCAGCGUGCAGUUGAUGGACCAGGCUGUGAAAUACAUCGAGGACAUGCAGGAUGACUUUGAUUUCCGCUACAAGACCCUGCAGUCUCGAGAAUCAACUGAUAGAAACUCUGACGUGAUGAAACAGGAAGUAACAAGACUACAGGAAAUGCUAAACCGGCUUGACUUUAAAAGGAAGGAGAUUUUAUCAAAGAUGGACGUUGUGAUCAAAGAGAUUGACGACCUGAUGACCUCUCAGCUCAACCCCGAGCUGCAGGACUGGAAACGAAGGCAGCAGAUUGCUGCCAUCGGGGGUCCUCUGCUCACCGGGCUGGAGCAGCUGCAGAGCUGGUUCACCCUGACUGCCCAGAGCCUUUUCCAGAUCAAGCGUCAGCUGGACAAACUGGGGGAGCUGGUGGUGAAGGUGACCUAUGAGAGCGACCCAAUACCCCUGCAAAAGCCUCAGAUGGAAGAGAGAGUGAAAUAUCUCAUCUACCAUCUCAUCAAGAGCUCAUUUGUGGUGGAGAAGCAGCCAUGUAUGCCCACACAUCCACAGAAACCCCUCAUCAUUAAGACUGGAGUACAGUUCACCACCAAAGUCAGACUCCUGGUUAAACUUCCAGAAGUGGAUUAUCAGCUGAAAGUGAAAACAACAUUUGACAAGGACCUCCCCCCGGGCAGAGUAAGUCGUCAGUUUUUCAUCCUGACCAACAACACUAAAGUUAUGGACAUUGAGGACUACUCAAACGGCUGCCUCUCAGUGGAGUUCAGACAUCUGCAGCUGAAAGAGAAGAAAUACAUCAACGGCACCAAAGGGAAUGAGGGCCUGCUCUCUGUGACAGAAGAACUUCACUCUCUCAGUUUUGAGGCCUGCUUCACGGUGCAGGGCCUCACCAUCGACCUGGAGACGUGUUCCCUGCCACUUGUUGUGAUUUCCAAUGUGAGCCAGCUGCCUGGAGGCUGGGCCUCCGUCAUGUGGUACAACCUCCUGACUGAUGAGCCGAGGAACCUGGCUUUCUUUGGGAACCCUCCUCGGGCCAGCUGGAGCCAGCUCUCUGAGGUCCUCAGCUGGCAGUUCUCCACUUUUGCCGGGCGAGGCCUCAAUAAAGAGCAGCUCACCAUGCUGGGAGAAAAGCUCUUUGGUCAGCAUGCCUCCUGCAGCGACUAUCAAGUGUCCUGGUCCAAGUUUUCCAAGGAAAAUAUUCCAGGGAAGCCGUUCAGCUUCUGGAUGUGGCUCGACUCGAUCCUGGAGCUCAUCAAGAAGCACCUGCUGCCGGUCUGGAAUGAGAACUACAUCAUGGGAUUUGUGAGUAAAGAGAUGGAGCGAGCUUUGUUGAAGGACAAAGAGCCAGGCACGUUCCUGUUACGCUUCAGCGAGAGCCACCUUGGCGGAAUCACCUUCACCUGGGUGGAGCAUGGCGAUAACGGUGAGGUGAAGUUUAACUCUGUGGAGCCUUACACUAAAAACCGGCUCAGCGCACUCCCGUUCGCCGACAUCAUUCGAGACUACAAAGUGAUCUCAGACGGGGUUGUCCCCGAAAACCCGCUCAAGUUCCUCUACCCCGACAUCCCCAAAGACGAGGCAUUCGGGCGGCUUUACAACAGCCAGCCCAGCAAAGUGCAUCCUUACAUCCCAUCAACCCUGAUCCCCAUCUCAGAAAUGCGCUCCAACGCGAGCACCACCCCGCGGUCGUGUCAGUCUCCGGAGCCCCCGAUGACACCUGGAGAGUUUGACAUGCUCAAUGAGCACCUGUGCUUCGACAUCGACACCAUGAGCUCUCCGUAUUCAGAGUAAAAAGAGGGGAAAAAAACAUUUGCAUCUGGAGCUUCUUUGAAUCCUUUGUCAAUAUCGUGACUCCCGUGAGGCUGUUGUUUUUACAGAGUUUGUGUUUAAUGUGUUUUUAAAGCAUAUUUUAUGUUCUUGUCUAUGAAAGAAAAGUUUGUGUCAUGAUGGUUUUGUGUCUUUUAUAUUUUGAAUGUUCCGUCAUGUUUUUCUAUAAGAAAUGAAUUGUAUAUAAAUCAAUCUGAACAUGUGUUUAUUGUUUUGUUUGUUUGUUUUUUGUAGUGGAUAUUAUUUUGAUACUUUAUGUCUGCAUCUGUCUCUUUCACCUGUUUGUUAUUGGCAAAAAAGUUAAAUACACGCAGUAUUUUGAUUCCCUUUGUCUUGAACUCAUUUACACUGUCGCUCAGCUCUCCUGCCCCCUGCUGGAUGAAACAGCGCCGAGGUUUUGUGCUUUUAUUUUGAAAGCAGUAGGAAGUGAGACGUCGGCAUGUAGCAGCUGCUGCUGCUUGGCGGUUUUUACUUACGGCGUUU